UUGUUUCUCUCCUUCCUUUUUUCUAAGGCGACCUUUUUAUGGCUUUUGUUUCUUUCCUCCAUUUUCUUUUAUAUAUCUGUCAAUGCAAAUCGAGCACUAGUUUGGUUUUAUCUUCUUCUGUGUUUCUGAAUUCUGAUUUCUGGGAUUGAUCACCUACUAGGGUGGAUACUUCAUAUCUUGGAAGACAUUGUAAUAAAGUUGAACCAUCAUAGAGGAUGAAUGGGCAGAAAAUUAAGCGCCGAGUGGGUAAAUAUGAGGUAGGGAGGACCAUUGGGGAGGGAACAUUUGCAAAGGUGAAAUUUGCUAGGAAUUCUGAGACUGGGGAGCCUGUGGCUCUUAAGAUUAUUGAUAAGGAGAAGGUUCUCAAGUAUAUGCAAGCUGAGCAGAUCCAGCGAGAAAUAGCCACAAUGAAGUUGAUCAAGCAUCCAAAUGUUGUUCAACUAUAUGAGGUCAUGGGGAGCAAGACAAAAAUAUACAUUAUUUUAGAGUUUGUGACUGGGGGAGAACUUUUUCAUAAAAUUUUAAACAGUGGACGGAUAAGUGAAAAGGAAGCACGUAGAUAUUUCCAGCAGCUUAUCAAUGCGGUUGACUAUUGCCAUAGCAGGGGUGUCUAUCACAGAGACCUGAAACUAGAGAACUUACUAUUAGAUGCUUUUGGGAACCUUAAAAUUUCUGAUUUUGGAUUGAGUGCACUUUCCCAACAAGUCAGGGAUGAUGGACUGCUCCAUACAACAUGUGGAACUCCAAACUAUGUUGCUCCUGAGGUCCUUAAUGAUGGAGGCUAUGAUGGGGCAGCUGCAGAUUUGUGGUCAUGUGGUGUGAUUCUCUUUGUAUUGCUUGCAGGCUACUUGCCUUUUGAUGACACCAAUCUUUUGAACCUAUAUAAAAAGAUUUCAGCUGGUGAAUUUACAUGCCCCCCCUGGUUUUCAUUUAGUGCCAGGAAAUUGAUAACUAGAAUCUUGAAUCCCAACCCCGUGACUCGUAUCACUAUAUCGGAGAUUAUGCAUGAUGAAUGGUUUAAAAAAGAAUACAAACUUCCAGUUUUCGAGGAGACAAAGGAGAGAAACACUGAUGACAUUGAGACCAUAUUUAAAGACUGUGAAGUACACAAUGUAAGAGAGAAGGAAGAUCAGCCAACACCUAUGAAUGCAUUUGAAUUGAUAUCCUUGUCCAAAGGGCUGAACCUAGAAAACUUGUUUGACGUAGACCAGGGAUUUAAAAGAGAAAUAAGGUUCACAUCAAAAUGCUCUGCCAAUGAGAUAAUCAACAAGAUUGAAGAAGUUGCAAAACCUCUUGGUUUUGAUGUGCAGAAGAAAAAUUUCAAGAUGAAGCUUAAAAAUGUGAAAGCUGGAAGGAAGGGAAACCUCAAUGUUGCCACAGAGAUAUUUCAAGUGGCACCUUCUCUUCACGUGGUUAAGAUUAAUAAGGCAAAAGGUGAUACAUUGGAGUUCCUUAAGUUCUACAACAAGCUUUCAACACGCUUGGAGGAUCUUGUUUGGAAAACUGAAGAUGACAUGGACGAUGCAAAGUGAAAUUGAUGUAACCAACAAUGUUGUUUCUUGGUGUAUAGCAAUGUCGUAAUAUGUUCCAUCGUCAUCAGAUUGUUGUCCACAUUAACUUUGGUAGGUUUGGUUGGGCAUAUAGCAAUGUUUUCCUUGUUGGAAAAUCGAGUUUAUGUCAAUACUCUUCUAAUGUUGAACUAAGUUCAUUAUACAAUAAAUAUGGAAGACAUUGUAUA